AUGCUGAAGUUCUUCUCAGCGCGGGAUGAUGAGAAUGAAAGCCUGCUGGGAGCAAUAACAGAAGAUGAAGGAGACAAUCCAUCUCUUCAGGACACCAAGCACCACUGGCUCAACAGACCCUGUGUGCUGGUGCUCAACAAUGGGGACGUGUCCAAACCGGGAUUGGGUUGUGGCCAAAUACGACCAGAAUCUCCGUCCAAGACUUCUUCAGAUGCGUCAGUCAGAAGCAGCUUUGAGCCAUGUGAGAAGAAACCGUCUGAACAUCCUGCCAAAACGGCUUCCCCCUCCCAGCUGGAGGAAGGCAGCUGCACUGUGACCUCCAUCUCCUCGUGGGGUGAGAGUUGUUUCGGGGAGUCUCCCAGCCCCUUGGAGGACUCUGUGGUUGAGGAGAAGGAGCUGGAGGAGAGCCGGCUGGAGCAGCAGUCCUGCAGCUCGGAGGCGUCAGCAGCACCCUCUACUCCCUCACUUGAUGAGACAAACGGCAGGGGGUCCAAGGAGCUCCAGAGCCAGUUUAAGGCGGUCAGCUCUAAUGGAGGAGAUGAGACGGACAGCAGCAACGCCGAGGCAGCCGGUGAGGAGGGAGCGAUGGGGGACUGUGCAGCUUCUCCUCUGGAUCCGGACAACGAGUCCCAGCUGAGCCCCGUUGGCAUUCUGUCCAAGGAUCGGGGCGCUGUCCUCGGGGAGGUAGCUCCAGUGUGGGUCCCUGAUGCUCAGGCGCAGGUCUGCAUGAAGUGUGGGGUCAAGUUUACGUUUACUAAGAGGAGGCAUCACUGCCGGGCCUGUGGGAAGAUUUUUUGUUCGCUUUGCUCCAGUCUGAAGUUCAGACUGACACAUCUGGAUGGCAAGGAGGGACGAGUUUGUAUUUCCUGUCAUUCAACCCUCAUCAAAAGGACACCUCCAAGGGGGAAAAGGAGGGUGUGGUUUGCAGAUGACAUCCUCCCCAAGAAGCAGUCGGAGUCUGCUCCGACCACACCGGUCCGAGGGUUCUCACCGCUGAUGAGACGAGCGCUGGGCGGGGCGGAGGCCUGCGGUCCUUACGGCUGGGGCACCACAGCUUUAGUGAGCAGCUCUGCCAACCUCAUCCCCCUCGUUGGCCUCCCACCCAUCCUCACCUCCACAGGAGUCAAAGGAGGUAAGACAGGUUUCAUGCCAUUUGAGGAUUACACUGUGGAGGAGCAGCCCUCUGAGAUGCUGCUCAUUCAGGAGCUGGAGAGUGGAAGGCCCAAGCCCCUGGUGUUCGUCCUCAAUGCUAACCUGCUUGCUAUGGUCAAGCUGGUCAACUAUGUUAACAGGAAGUGCUGGUGCGUGACAACAAAGGGAAUGCACGCUGUGGGCCAGGUGGAGGUGGUGUUGUUGCUGCAGUGUUUGCCUGAAGAGAAAAGCUUCCCCAAAGACAUUUUCAGCCACAUUAUCCAGCUGUACCGGGACACCCUCACAGGAAAGGUUGUGAAACACCUGUCGCUGUCCUUGUUCGGCAGUAGCUUCCUGGGUAGUGAGGAGCACGCAGGCUUCCUGUACAUCCGCUCCACUCUCCAGUCCCUUCAAGCUCUACCUCUGCCCAACCAGCCCUACCUCUUUGGCCUGCUGGUCCACAGAGCAGAGGUGGCCUGGGCCAAAGCCUUUCCCUUGCGCCUCAUGCUGCGAUUGGGGGCCGAAUACAGAUUUUACCCGUGUCCUCUGUACAGCGUGCGUUUUAGGAAGCCCUUGUUUGGGGAAAUUGGCCACACCAUAAUGAGACUGUUAGUGGACUUUAGGAAUUACCGUUACAGCCUACCAAUGGUGCCGGGGCUCACUGUGGAUCUAGAGGCUCAGAGGACCUGCAUAAAGAUACCGACCACUGGGUAUAAUGAGCUAAUGAAGGCUUUGAAUAAGUCCAAUGAGCAUGUGCUGGCCAUUGGGGCGUGCUUCAACGAGACUGCAGACUCCCACCUCAUCUGCGUGCAAGGAGACGAUGGCCAGUAUCAGACCCAGGCCAUCAGCAUCCACAAUCAGCCACGCAAAGUUACUGGAUCGUGCUUUUUUAUAUUCAGCAGUGCACUGAAAGCCUCUGCAGGAUACCUUGCCAAGUCCAGCAUUGUAGAAGAUGGACUGAUGGUGCAGAUCACCGUGGAAACCAUGGCCGAGCUCCGCCGGUCGCUACGGGACAUGAAAGACUACUCAGUCACCUGUGGACGUCUCGACCAAUCAGACAGCCAGGAGCUAGUGUGUGUACAGUGGGUGGAGGAGAAAUGCUCUGUGAAUAAGGGAGUUAUAAGCCCCAUAGAUGGGAAAUCAAUGGAGUCCAUCAGCAGUAUGAAGAUGUUUCAGAAGUCAGAAUACAAAGAAAACGGAAAGAUCAUCCGCUGGACAGAAGUGUUCUUCCUGCAGAGGGGGAAUCACCCCAAAGGAGGAGCGAGUGACUCCGCUGAACACGACCGGUUAACGGAGCGGAUCGCCCGGGCCUUUUGCUUGGCACUGUGUCCUCACCUCAAACUGCUGAAAGAGGACGGGAUGGCCAAGCUGGGGCUGCGUGUGGCCUUUGAAUCUCAAGAGGUGGGAUUUGUGGCUGGGAGCAAUGGGCUUCCCCUCCCUGCUCAGUACCUGAACGCCCUGGACAGCGUGCUGAUCCCCGUCAUACACAGCAGGGGGCGCAAGAGAGGAGAUGAGCCCAUUGUGAUGGAGCUCAUCUUUUACAUCCUGGAGAACAUCACUUAG